GUCGCUCAAUCUAAUCCCUGUCGCUGUUUGAGUAAGGUGCGGGACACUGAUGAGUCCCGCGUUUUGAACAUCUCUCGAUACGAGUCUACACACGCCACACACGACGAAUUCUGCUUAUCUUACGCAGGCUGAGAAGCGGAUAAGAUGCUCGAUAUAAACGACUUCAUCAAGGAGCGCGGCGGCGAGCCCGACAAAAUCCGCGAGUCCCAGAAGAAGCGAUGCGCGCCCGUAGAGAUUGUCGACGAGAUUAUCGCAGACUUUGAAGACCACCGUCGCACACAAUACGAUGCCACCCAAUUCGGCUCCAAGAUAAACGCGGUCCAGAAGAACAUUGGCGCCAAGAAGAAGGCCAAGGAAGACGCCUCCGAGCUGCUCGAGGAGAAGAAGAAGUUAGAGGCUGAGAAGAAGGAGAAGGAGGCUGAAGCUGCGGAGAAAUUGGCCAAGCUGCUCACAAAGACGAAGACGGUCGGAAACUACGUGUACAAGGACGUGCCGGUUAGCGACAGUGAGGACAACAACGCGGUUCAGAAGACCUGGGCUCCUGCGGACAGAAAAGCAGAGUUCAAGCAGGAUGGCAUCCCACAUCACGGUGUACUUGCGCGGUUGAACGGAUACGACCCGGAGAGAGGUACCAAGAUCGUUGGUCAUAGAGGAUACUGCCUGACUGGAUACGGUGUCUUCCUCAACCAAGCGCUCAUCAACUAUGGUCUUGAGUUCCUAUUCAGCAAAGGCUUCACACCCAACCAACCGCCCUUCUUCAUGCUCCGCGACCAGAUGGCCAAGACAGCACAACUCUCCGAUUUCGACGAGGAACUAUACAAGGUCACUGAGAGCAAGGACAAGCCAGAGACCGACAAGUACCUCAUCGCCACCUCAGAACAACCCAUAUCCGCCCUUCACUCCGAGGAGUGGCUACACGACAAAGAACUUCCCAUAAAGUACGCUGGAUACUCCACAAACUUCCGGAAAGAAGCCGGUUCGCACGGAAAAGACGCAUGGGGAAUCUUCCGGAUACACCAGUUCGAAAAGGUUGAGCAGUUCCUCCUUACAAACCCCGAGAAGUCAUGGGAAGCUUUCGACGAGAUGCUGGCCAACUCUGAGGAGUUCUACCAGAGCCUAGGUCUGCCGUACCAGGUGGUUGCCAUUGUGUCUGGCGCGCUGAACAACGCGGCUUCGAUGAAGCGCGAUCUUGAGGCCUGGUUCCCUGUCACGGGUGGUGGAGAGUACAAGGAGCUGGUUUCCAUUUCCAACUGCACCGACUACCAGACUCGCGAGCUGGAGAUCAGACAUGGGAUCAAGAAGUUGAACGCUACUCGUAAGGAGUAUGUUCACGCGCUUAACGGUACUCUCUGCGCAACCGAGCGAACUCUCUGCUGCAUCCUCGAGAACUACCAGACACCUGACGGCUUCGUUGUUCCCGAGGUACUGCGGAAAUACAUUCCGGGUCAGCCUGACUUCUUGCCUUUUGUCAAGGAGUGGAGGGCGCCCAAGGAGCCCCUUCCUGACCGGACAAAGUAGGUGUUCGUUGCGCGGGACGGAGGUUGCGAGGACGAAGAUGCGAACAGCAUUAUGCUGGGGAACUCAGAAGAAAGAACUACACAUACGCUGAGCUGUAGUCUCGGCGGAGUAUCGAGAUAGUUGCUUGAAGAGAUCACGAGAGUGAGCUGUUCCACGGAAUUGGAAGUGUUGACUUGUGAACGUGGUCCUCGUAGCACUUUACAUCUCUAGAUAUGCCUCCAAGGAACAGCAAACGUCUCUUUCCAAACAUC